AUGGAGGCAGUGCUGAUCUUCCUGUGCUCCCUGCUGGUGCCGGUGGCCGUGGCACACGUGGCCACCGAGGAGAAGAAGGAGGAGGACCCCUUUAACUAUGACUACCAGAGCCUGAGGAUCGGGGGGCUGGUGUUUGCGGUGGUCCUGUUCACCCUGGGCAUUCUCCUUAUACUCAGCAGGAAGUGCAGGUGCAGUUUCAACCAGCAGCCCAAAGCUCCAGGGGACGAGGAGGCCCAGGCUGAGACCCUGAUCACCUCGAACGCGACGGGAGCACAGAAAGUGGAGAACUGA